AUGCCAGGCGUUAUUACAUCUUCCGUGGGCUAUAGGAAUGCCCUCGAGGACAUCAUUACCUUGACCGAUGUCAAGGCGGUAUCAGAUUUCAGACAAUGCACCUGCAUCGGCCAGGAGGACACGCGAAAAGGCCGCCAUCUGGACUACUAUUUCGAAUUGCCCACCACAAUAUCCACCGCCGAUAGCAGAUUUCGUCCUCUUCCGUUGACGGGCGCAUUCACGGGCACCACCACCAUUGUGCAAAGCACGGCGCUGAGCGACCACCGUGUCGCCCACGGAGAGUGCGAGGUGUCUUACUGGAUCGAGGCCAUAUUUCGUCUUUCUGGCAUGCAAGUCGGUUUCUUGAACCAGCAUAUCCAAAUCUCGUCUCUGUAUCCAUCCUUGCGAGCGUCGCUGAGGAAAGGGACACCUUUGACCAUACGUGCGAAACCUGACAUUCUCGCUCGAUGUCGGUUUCAGAAAUGCCCUGACCUUUCGCUUACCUUGCCCGAAGGGGAUAUGACAAUACAACAUGACCCAAAGACCGGCAAGCGGCACAUCAGUCUGCCUCUGGCCGUCGCCAUGGGGGCCUCUGAAAGCUUUCCCAUGGAUGCCCGUCAAUCGCUGAAAUGCUCUGUCGAGGCCAAGUGGGAAGUGAACACGCGCUUCUCAGUCACCCCGGGUCACCCAUCUAUCGAAAGACUGAGGGCGGGCGAAGCAGUCUAUAUAACGACCACCGCGUCGACGCACAAAACCACCAUUCUAUUUCGGCCGCUCCCGCAAUACGAUGACCAACGAGCCCAGAAUGUCAGGACGAACGCCGUUGAUCCCUAUCUUGCAACAUCUCAACUGGACAUGCCGGUGCCGGAUGCCGUCUCUCAGCCAUCGUUGAACUGGAAAUACCUGUCAAGAACGUACAGGCUAGACCUCUCUCUGACGUUCCACGGCGGCCAAGGAGCGCCCAAGUACUCCCUGCACACCGGCAUUCCACUCUCGAUCGCGGCUUACGGGUCGAAGGCGGACGACGCAGCGAAGAAUCAGGUCGUCGUGGACGUCUCCGAGGUUGCUUCGGACCGGGAGUCCGACGGGGAGGAUGACCUGAGCGAUUUGCUCGUCCCUCUGGGUAUGAGUGCGAUGCAGCGGCCGCAAGGCCAGCGCGCUUCAACGAGGACGCCGCCACCAGCGUACUUUCGAUGA